AUGUCUUCCUACAGCCGGACGAUCAGCUCCCGCUGCCUUGCACCCUGCAACGUGACCUGCCCGCAGCCAAUUGCGGAUGCCUGGAGCCAGCCCUGUGCUACGUCCUGUGGUGAUUCGAGAGCUGUGAUCUACCCACCACCCGUUGUCGUGACCUUCCCAGGACCCAUUCUCAGCUCCUGCCCUCAGGAGAGCAUAGUGGGCAGCUCAGCACCAUCCAGCAUUGGGAGCUUGUUUGGAUCCACGAGCUCUCUGGGUUCCAGUGGCUCCUAUGGCUCUAGGAGCUUGUACAAUUUUGGGAGGUCUUAUUCUUCCUACGGAGCCUGUGGUUAUGGUUUGGGGAGCUGCAGACCAUGUUAA